UAAAGCCACUCAACUUCACAAAGUCAUCUCUCUUUCUUUCCCUCAUGAGAAGCUAAGAGCUUUUGAGACCAAACAAUUGGGAAGGCCCGCCAUGGCUUUUCUGCUAACUAACCUUUCUUCUUCUCUCCUCCUUCAAACCAGAACUUGCUCUAAAGAUAGAGAAAAACCCAUUCACCAACCACUGCUUUCCCAAACUCCCAAGCUCUCCUCUGGAACUCUAACUGUGCAAUCCCCAACCCUCCGAGGCUCCCAGGUUAAGGUUCACUCUCCCUCACUUCACCAGGACAAGCAACAGCACCCCCACCAAAGAGAUGAGUUUUAUGUCAACCUAGGACUUGCUGUUAGGACUCUUCGUGAGGAUUUGCCUUUGCUUUUCACCAGAGACCUCAAUUAUGACAUUUACAGGGAUGAUAUUACUUUUGUAGACCCUUUGAAUACAUUUUCUGGUAUUGAAAACUACAAAUUGAUCUUCUGGGCUUUGAGAUUUCAUGGUAAAAUAUUGUUCAGAGAGAUUUCCCUUGAAGUUUUUAGGAUUUGGCAACCUUCAGAGAAUAUCAUAUUGAUUAGAUGGAACUUGAGAGGUGUCCCUAGAGUUCCAUGGGAGGCCAAGGGACAGUUUCAGGGUACUUCAAGGUACAAAUUAGAUCGAAAUGGAAAAAUCUAUGAGCAUAAGGUUGAUAAUUUAGCAUUUAAUUUCCCACAGCCGUUUAAACCAGCAGCCUCCGUGUUGGAUUUGGUUGCUGCUUGCCCGGCAAGUCCUAAUCCAACAUUUCUAUGGGGCCCUGUGGACAUGUAUCAAUCAUCUUGGGUUGAGUUUUAUCGUGCAGUUAGAGAGACAUUGGAUCGAGAAGGAUAUUUGCUUGCUCAAGAUGGUUUCGCUACUUGUUCAUAGUCUGAGUUACUUCAUACUUAUUGUAUAUGGUGAAAUUUUAUAAUAUAUACGUGUAUCAGCACAUUACCAUUUUUAUAAUGGAUCUGGAAAUAGCUAGUAAAGGUUUUGUUGAAGGAUAAGGUGUAUGUACAUAGGCCAGAACGCUGGAGAGUUUCAUGUAAUUCUUGAGUUGCCAGAGGAAGAGAAGCCUGGGCAUAUUUGGUUCAGCUCUUAGAAGGCAAUGUGUAUGUAUACAGAAUCUUAAUCUAUUGAUUUAAUUAGAGCUUAUAUUCACUUGCUUA